AUGACCUCGGCUGGUGACCGGGCUCCGGACGCACCGGAGAAGAGCCAGAUGCAGCGCUGCCUGGACUGGGCGCGACAGAACACUCUCCUCGCGGUCGGCGGGACGUGGGCGGCCACUAUGGCGGCGGUCAUCGGCAUCCAGUGGGCGUCGCCAGGCCCGAAGCCGACGAAGGUGCUCCGCGCGCGCCUGAUAGGUCAGUUCACGGCGGUACUGGCAAUCAUGACCGUCGCGGGACUCGACCACGAGGAACGGUUCCGCGCGUGGCUAGACGAGCGCAGCAAAGGGCUCAGGCGGCUGCGACAGGAGCGCUCCUGA